AUGGAACUCAAUAUAGCAGCUCAUAAUUUGCAAUACGCGCUCCAUGCACAUACUCCUACACCUACGCCAAAAGCAAGAUCUCUCUCUCUCUCUCUCUCUCUCUCUCUCUCUCUCUCUCAACAGGCCAUUCUUUCCCUGCCAUUUUGUGUCCGCCUCCCCAAAUGGCCGUUUAUUGCUGCUGAUAAUCGCGUUAGUUGGCACUUAAACAAAUUACGGCCACCACUUGCCCAUUACCGCGUCCGUGUUGUCAAUGUCUCAAUAAAGAUACAAUGUCCAUCAGCAUCAUCUUUCCUCCUGCUAGUCAAUCUCGAAGAUUCUUGUCCAGAAUGUAGCAUUUACAAUAUCCCAACUAAAUUCAUUUUCCUUCUUUCUUUUGCUUUUUUUUUCCAUCCUCGAAACUUCAUUCUUUUAAAAGAUUCUAUAUUAGUUUUCUAUUACCUUUUCUUAUCGUCCUUCAUUUUUUGUGAUUUCUUUUCUUUCAGAUACUUACAAGGAUUUGCCAAACUUUCUCUGACCUUUUUCUUACGUCUUGUUUUUAUUUCUUUUCGUUAUUUAUCUAUAUUCAAGAUUUUCUUUUUUACAGUCACUUUUUAA